GUUCACUCUCAACCACUUCACUUCAUUAUCAAGAUGGUCCGCACCUCUCUCUUCGCGGCAUUGGCCGCUGCUGCCGUCGUGGGAGCUACCAACGUUGAUGGACCUAUUGAAAUCCUCGAGGUCCGCCAAGAUGCCCGCAUCGCAACACCGCCCAGUGGGCCACCGAAGGGCAAGGGGCCAGGCAAGGGCAAGGGCCCAAAAGGUCCGCCAGGUUACCCAGGUGGACCUCCCAAGGGACCGCCCAAACGCCCUGUCAACUCCAAAGCCCUUCAGCUUGCCAUUCGGGAGAGUGAGCUCGCGAAAAAGGCCCGGGAGUUGGAACGCGCCGCAUACAGCACGCCUCAACGCAACCGUGUUUUCAGCUCGGAGGGCCAUACCAAAACCCUUGAUAUGAUCACUGGCUACCUGGACACCGUUGACGACUACUACACAUACGAGGUGCAAGAAUUCCAAGCACUCUACUCGCAAGCCAGUGGCAAUCUCACUGUUGAGGGAACGGCUUACGAGCCCACGAUCUACCAGUACUCCACCUCGGGCGAAGUCACCGCCCCUAUCGUCGUGGUCAACAACCUGGGCUGUGAGGCUGGUGAUUACCCGGCCGAGGUCAGUGGAAACAUUGCCUUGAUCUCUCGUGGUACAUGUCCGUUUGGUGACAAAUCUGCUCUGGCCAACCAAGCCGGCGCUGCUGCUGCCAUAAUCUACAACAACAUUGCCGGCCCUGUAUCGGGAGGAACACUGGGCCCAACCAACCCGAAUGGACUUUAUGUACCCACUGUUGGCAUCUCGCAAGAUGAAGGUCUCGCUUUGGUCCAACUUGCCAACGCCGGCGAGCCCGUAGGUGAACUACAAGUCGACUCUGUCAUCGAAAACCGCACCACCUACAAUAUCAUCGCCCAGACUAUUGGCGGUGACCAGAACAACGUCCUUGCUGUGGGAGCUCACUCCGACUCCGUCUUUGCCGGUCCGGGGAUCAACGAUGACGGAUCUGGGACGAUCGGAAUCCUCGAGACUGCUCUCCAGCUCGCCAAGUUCAAGACCAACAACGCCGUCCGCUUCUGCUUCUGGUCAGCCGAGGAGUUCGGUCUGUUGGGCUCCACCUACUACACUCAGACUUUGAGCGCUGAAGAGGCCGAGAAGAUUAAGCUGUAUCUCAACUAUGACAUGAUUGCCUCGCCCAACUAUGUCAUCGCUCUGUACGACGGCGAUGGAAGCGCGUUCAACCUGACCGGCCCCCCUGGAAGCGCCGAAGCUGAGCAGUUCUUGGCCUCUUACUUUGCCGAUCUCAACAUUCCCACCACAGAGACCGACUUCGAUGGCCGCAGUGACUAUGGUCCUUUCUUGGACAUCGGCAUCCCUGCGGGAGGCAUCUUCACGGGUGCAGAAGAGCUGAAAACGGUCGAGGAGGCUGCUCUGUUCGGUGGCGAGGCCGGUGUGGCAUACGACGUCAACUACCACCAGGUCGGCGACAACUAUGACAACCUCAACUUUGAGGCUUUCACCAUCAACUCCAAGGCCAUUGCCGCCUCCGUGGCUCACUACUCUACCAGCUUCAAGACUCUGCCGCCUCGCGAUCGUGGAUACGAGAUCAAGGCUCGCAGCGCACAGCACAGCCACCCGCAUGCCAGGUCUCUGAGGGCGAAGAACAUCCACGCGAAACACGACUGUGGUGCCGCGCCGAAGGAGACAAUCUAG